ACCCCCUAACUCCUAGUCUCGUUUUGCAAUUUCUUCCCGAAUUUAUGAAAGCCCUAAUUCCCUAAACUAUCAACCUGUCCAAGAGCCGUAAUCCUAAUUCGCAAUUCGUGUUCGUCGCAUUUGGAACCAACGGUGAUCGUUGUGGUCACAGCUCCUUGUACGCAGAGUCGUGGUUUUCAGUUUCGUUCGCAAUUCCCUGUGUGACAAACCCUCAUCUCCGUUUACGCAAGGAAUGCCAGAGAGCAAGCCGGUGGUUGGGUUAUCAUGGCAACUACAGUUGCCUAUUCCAUCAUCACUAAAAGCCACUAAUGGGUCUCAUAUCAAACAUCAGGCUGAGGCAUCAAGCAGCACUGCUUGGAAAUCCAGUUCAGAGCUGGUUGAUGGCCUUUUUGUUCCUCCAAAUGAUCCCAGAAAAUUAAACAAGUUACUAAGAAAGCAAGUUAAAGAUACUGCUGGGAAAAAUUGGUUCAAUAUGCCAGCUCAAACCGUCACCCCUGAGUUGGAGAAAGAUCUGAAGUUAUUGAAGUUGAGGGCUGCCCUUGAUCCAAAGCGGCACUACAAGAAGGGUGAUUCCAAAUCCAAGACACUUCCCAAAUAUUUCCAGGUCGGAACAGUUGUAGAUUCUCCACUGGACUUCUUCUCAGGAAGAUUAACAAAGAAGGAGAGGAAAGCAACACUUGCAGAUGAGCUUCUUUCUGACCAAAACCUUGCAGCCUAUAGGAAGCGGAAGGUUCAAGAAAUUGAAGAACAAAAUCGACCAGCUGGGAAUGAAAAGUGGAAGAUCAAAGGUGGUAAUUCCCGGAAGCGAGCUAAGGAAAGGAGGAUUUACUGAAUUUCCAUCCAUUUCAGCUGGAGGCACAGUUGAUAAUACUUUUUGCGGUUUAGAAUUAUUGAAGGUUAUAUAAAACACCUUAGUUUACUGUAAUACGUAUUGAUGCUGUGUUCUUGUAUCGUUGUAAGUCAAGAAAAUGUUUUAGUCCCGUUUCUUCUGCUUGGGAAUUCUGUGUUUCAAUUUUACCAAUCACAAUUUUAAAUAAAAUUCUUUAUAAUGAAGU